UCCGGGCGUGUGCUUCCGGCGUCGGCGGCCGUGGCCGGGGACUGUGUGAGAGCGGUAAGAUGGCGGCGGCGGCGGUGGUGGAGUUCCAGAGAGCCCAGUCUCUACUCAGCACCGACCGGGAGGCCUCCAUCGACAUCCUCCACUCCAUCGUGAAGCGUGACAUUCAGGAGAAUGAUGAGGAGGCAGUGCAGGUCAAAGAGCAGAGCAUCCUGGAACUGGGGUCUCUCCUGGCGAAGACUGGACAAGCUGCAGAGCUUGGAGGACUCCUGAAGUAUGUACGACCCUUCUUGAAUUCCAUCAGCAAGGCUAAAGCAGCUCGUCUGGUCCGAUCUCUUCUUGAUCUGUUUCUUGAUAUGGAAGCAGCUACAGGGCAGGAGGUCGAAUUGUGUUUAGAGUGCAUCGAAUGGGCCAAAUCAGAGAAAAGAACUUUCUUACGCCAGGCUUUGGAGGCAAGACUGGUGUCUUUGUACUUCGAUACCAAGAGGUACCAGGAAGCAUUGCAUUUGGGUUCUCAAUUGCUGCGGGAGUUGAAAAAGAUGGAUGACAAAGCCCUUUUGGUGGAAGUACAGCUUUUAGAAAGCAAAACAUACCAUGCCCUGAGUAACCUGCCAAAAGCCCGAGCUGCCUUAACCUCUGCUCGAACCACAGCAAAUGCCAUUUACUGCCCCCCUAAGUUGCAGGCCACCUUGGAUAUGCAGUCAGGUAUUAUCCAUGCAGCAGAGGAGAAGGAUUGGAAAACUGCAUACUCAUAUUUCUAUGAGGCAUUUGAGGGUUAUGACUCCAUCGAUAGCCCCAAGGCCAUCACAUCUCUGAAGUACAUGUUGCUGUGCAAAAUCAUGCUCAACACCCCAGAAGAUGUCCAGGCUUUGGUGAGCGGGAAGCUUGCACUUCGGUAUGCGGGGAGGCAGACAGAAGCAUUAAAAUGUGUGGCUCAGGCUAGCAAGAACAGAUCACUGGCAGAUUUUGAAAAGGCCCUGACGGAUUACCGGGCAGAGCUCCGGGACGACCCAAUCAUCAGCACGCACUUGGCCAAGUUGUAUGACAACUUACUGGAACAGAAUCUCAUCCGAGUCAUUGAGCCUUUUUCCCGAGUACAGAUUGAACACAUAUCUAGCCUCAUCAAACUCUCCAAGGCCGAUGUGGAAAGGAAAUUAUCACAGAUGAUUCUUGACAAGAAAUUUCAUGGGAUCUUGGACCAGGGGGAGGGCGUCUUGAUUAUUUUCGAUGAACCCCCAGUAGAUAAAACGUACGAAGCUGCACUGGAAACAAUUCAGAACAUGAGUAAAGUAGUGGAUUCCCUCUACAACAAAGCCAAGAAACUGACAUAGAAUUGGAUCUGUAGCGGUCCUUUGGAGAGUGUGUGUGGCGGGAGAGUGAAACCUUUGGGGAAAAUGCUAGGAGAUUCUUUUUUCUUUCUGUUCUACUUUUCGCUCGGAAAGUUUUUAAAUCCUCAUUUGGUGCAUCUGUAUUCCAGCCGAUAGGUGUGCCAGUUUUCAUGUAAUCUUUACUGGCCCAACUUGGGAGUGGGGAAAUUGCUUAAAAAAAAGAAAAAGAAAAAAAAAAAAGGUUAUUCUAAAUAAAAGGAAAAAGGCUUACACUACCUAAAGCUGUGCUCUCUGCCUCCUGGGAGAGGGCUGCAAAGCCAGGCGCUCCGCCAGCCACUGGGGCUCCUGACCCACUCGCUGGGUGUCACCUCGCCUCCUCUUCAGAAUUGGGUGUUUGCCUGACCAUCAAAGCAACGACUUUUUAUUCUGUUUGUACGGAACCAAAACAAACAACUGUGUAUAGACUAUUUUCUUUUUUAUUUGAAAUGAGGCGUUUCGGUGUUCUUUCCCCUGCCAUAUGGCCUGUCCACUCGCCUCUCCCCCAACAUGGCUCCAGCAGACUGGCUGAAGGUCCCGCCGCCGCCGCCGCUGCCACCACCACCACCACCACCCACCACCAACCACUACCACCACCACCACCACCGGCGCCGCCGACGCCGCCGCAGCAGCAGCACCUGCUCGGCUCCGCUCCGACCUGUGAAGGACUGCGGAUGAGGCCAGGAGCUAGUGUCCACCUCGGCCACACGGGGAGCAGCGUGGGCCCUCUGGGGGCCUGCUGUGCAUGUGGCUCUUUUUAACACAGUAAACUAGAUUAGACGUCAGUGUUUUAAUUGCUCCCCCCUCUGCUUUUUUCUCUGUCUCCCUCUGUCUCCUCUCAGCCAGGAGACCAUCCCAUGUUUCUCUUUGCUUCCUCCUUCUCCCUCCAGGGGAGUCAGGCUGUCUGAAAUUCUUCAGCUUCUCUCUCCGUCCCACUGCUCCUCUCCUGCUGGCAGAUGGAUUUAUUCCUUUUUAAAACAGUGAACAUUGGAAAUGAGACUGUGGGGUGUGGUUUUUUUUCUCCCAGUUUCGUUGUUGGGUUUUCGCGCAACCUCAUGUCCCCCUCCCAGGGAGCUUCUCGAUUUACCUCUUAGAAGUGGGUGGCUGGGAGGUAGAGCACUGUACUCCAGCAUGCUUGGUUUAACGAUGAGAUUCCUUAGCAAGGCUUUAAUGCCGUUUGGGCAGGUAAGCUUCUGCACCUCUGUUGUGCUCAGCUCUGUUUUCUUCUUUCUCUCAUGUCCUCUUUGUCGUCCCUCCCGCCGCCCCCGCCUCCUUCCCGCUGGCCUCCUUUUCUCUUUCUUUUCCUUUCUCAGAUUAUCCUUCCAGGUUUUCGUAAUAAAUUUAUAUUUUGUAAAAGGAUUUUGUUGUACCAGGUUUUGCAUCCUCACUGAAUCUGACUGGCUUUUGUUUUCCUCUCCAAAAUCAGGUAUUUGUUCUCAACAUCUUUCCCCAUCAUGUCCAGUCACUGUUUUGGUUUUGGCACCAUCAAUAUCAAAUGUACAAACGGUUCUUGCUAACCAACACCAGGUAUAUCUGAUGUUCAGAUGAGUUCCAAUAAAAACAAUUUUUUUUUCAAAAA